AUGGCCAGCAUGGCGGUUCAGCUCCUCGGCUUCUUCUUGGGCCUGCUGGGGUUUGUUGGAACCGUGGCUGCGACUCUGCUUCCCCACUGGCGCAGCACUGCCUAUGUGGGCCCCAACAUCAUCACAGCCACCGCCUACAUGAAAGGCCUGUGGAUGGAGUGUGUGUGGCACAGCACUGGCAUUUAUCAAUGUGAGGUGUAUAGAUCUCUGCUGGCACUGCCACAGGACCUGCAGGCUGCCCGGGCGCUCAUGGUGCUCUCCUGCAUCACCUCAGUCCUGGCAUGCCUGGUGUCUGCGAUGGGGAUGAAGUGUACCCGCUUCGCACGUGGCUCCCUGAUCAAGUCUCCACUGGCCAUGAGCGGAGGCAUAUGCUUCCUCUGUGCAGGUGUCCUCUGUCUAGUCACCGUAUGCUGGACCACCAAUGAUAUCAUAAUGGACUUCUACGACCCCUUCCUCCCCAGCGGGCUGAAGUAUGAGAUGGGCCUGGCCGUGUACCUCGGAUACGCCUCAGCCUGCCUCAGUCUGAGUGGAGGGCUGGUGCUGUGCUGGAGCAGCUGUGGUGACAGGUCACGGAGUCAACCUCGUAUUCAGAGGAGUCAACCAUCAUCGCCUCCUCCUGCCUUCAACCACAUAUACCCCCCUGCUCCACCAUACAAGCCCCCUGAGGCCUUGAAGGACAAUCGUACUGCAUCAAUUAGCUCUCUUUCCAGCAAUGGAUACAGGCUCAAUAACUAUGUCUGA